AUGGAAACGCCCGCACACGUACUGCAAGCCAAAUUGCAUAGGCCGCCGAGAGAUAGGGGUUUAAUUUGUCUACAUGACGCCACUGGGCGUCCCAGUUUCAUUCGUUUCCGCUACUAUUGCGUUCAACAUACUGGCCGGCUCGGUAUCCCGCCUCGUACCAGGAGAGCAAUAGCGCCUCUAGAUCCGGGGAUGAACCGGGCGGUGGUGGCGGGGGAGGAAGGAAAAUUGACUUCGAAGCCCUCGCAGGUGCGGACGUGGGCGGUGAAAGUGGUGGGGGGACCGGAAAUGUGAUUGUCGCUGGUGCGGUACGAUUUGCGUCUGGUUGAGUCGUCGGACAAACACUUUGUUGCCCAGCCGAGUGUGGUUGAGAUAAACUUCUCUCCGCGACGUGCUUCUGCCUUUUUCUUUUCUUUGCUUGACUAGGCUUCCCAUUGGGUGCGGCAAAGUCGGUGGCAUUCCCGUUUCGCUCUGUAUCACUAGCGAGUCUGUGGGAGCGGACGGCUCUUUCAUAGGCUUCAAUGAGAGCAGUGUCAUCCCAUGUGUCGGGUUCGGCGGAUGCGAGAGGGACGUAUCCUGCUUUUCGUUGCAAUUCACGUGUGGAGAGCAAGGAACGGUUAGCAUUUCACAUUGAUUCUUUUUGGAUAAAGGCUCGAGAAAGCGCGUCGAAACAAAUAUGCAUGAACUCACGUUCUGAGCUCUCAUUCAUGUUUACGUCGUCUGAUGGUCUCAGUAUCUGUCUGAACGGGGCGUGGCAAUGAUACACAAGAAAGCUGAUGACCCCGGUGAGAUCGUCGGGAAUUUCUAAGAAAGUUUCACAGAAGAAGGCUGAUGUUGUAAACGAAAUGUCGGGGACCACUCUGCAUGCGGUUCCCUCCAUAUGGCCUUUCUUUCUGGUCUUGCAUAGCUUCUCAUACCAUGGGUAAAAAAAGGAAAAUUU